GGACGCAAGUGCCCCCCCACCUCAGAGCAUUAUAAACCCCAGGCCCCUGGUAGAGGUCACCGACGACGGCCUUCCAGUUCCUAGCUGUCUGGACCACCGGCGACGGCGCCUUUCCCUGCGGCUCCGCUCUGAGCUCCGGACACCAUGAGCCCCCCCUCUACAAAGGUCCCCUGGACCGCCGUGACGCUGCUGCUGCUGCUGCUGCUGCCGCCCGCGCUGCUGUCGCCCGGCGCGGCCGCGCAGCCCCUGCCCGACUGCUGCCGCCAGAAGACGUGCUCCUGCCGCCUCUACGAGCUGCUGCACGGCGCGGGCAACCACGCGGCCGGCAUCCUCACGCUGGGAAAGCGGCGGCCGGGCCCCCCAGGCCUGCAGGGCCGACUGCAGCGCCUCCUGCAGGCCAACGGCAACCACGCGGCCGGCAUCCUGACCAUGGGCCGCCGCGCAGGCGCAGAGCCGACGCCACGCCCUUGCCCGGGACGCCGUUGUCCCGCGGCGGCCGCCUCCGCUGUCGCUCCUGGGGGUCGGUCCGUGGUUUGAGCCCGUGCUCAGACUAUGUCUUGGCACUGCCCUCUCCCCUCUGCCCGCCCGCUGUCAGCCCCCAGAAAAAUGCGCAAUAAAGAGGCGUCUCCGUUAACGUGGCCGGUCUCGGUUCCUGUGUGGUAGA